CCUUUGAAACUCCCAUGCCUGAUGGUGGGAAAAUACAUUUGUGUAGUUGAAUAAUGUCUGCGUAAAUUUGUGUAUCUUUCAGAGCAAACCUCCCGUCUUUAAUAGUUAACCGCCAUGGCUGCAAAGCGCAAAGCAGAUAUAUUAGUCCCUGCGGAGGAGAGUGAUCAGCUGCUUAUCAGACCGCUCGGAGCCGGGCAGGAGGUGGGCAGGUCAUGCAUCAUUCUCGAGUUCAAGGGACGGAAGAUCAUGCUGGACUGUGGCAUCCACCCGGGUUUGGAAGGAAUGGACGCCCUUCCCUACAUCGACUUGAUAGAUCCAGCAGAGAUCGACCUGCUUCUCAUCAGCCAUUUCCAUUUGGAUCACUGCGGUGCCCUGCCGUGGUUUUUGCAGAAGACAAGUUUCAAAGGCAGAACCUUCAUGACACAUGCUACUAAAGCCAUCUAUCGCUGGCUCUUAUCCGAUUACGUCAAGGUCAGCAACAUUUCGGCGGACGACAUGCUUUACACCGAGACGGACCUGGAGGAGAGCAUGGACAAGAUUGAGACCAUCAACUUCCACGAGGUGAAGGAGGUGGCCGGCAUCAAGUUCUGGUGCUACCACGCGGGCCACGUGCUGGGGGCGGCCAUGUUUAUGAUCGAGAUCGCAGGAGUGAAGCUGCUCUACACCGGGGACUUCUCUCGUCAGGAGGACAGGCAUCUGAUGGCAGCCGAGAUCCCCAGCGUAAAGCCCGACAUCCUCAUCAUUGAGUCCACGUAUGGUACGCACAUCCACGAGAAGAGGGAGGAGCGGGAGGCCCGCUUCUGCAACACCGUCCACGACAUUGUCAACCGAGAAGGCCGCUGCCUCAUCCCCGUCUUCGCCUUGGGCCGAGCCCAGGAGCUGCUGCUCAUCCUGGAUGAGUACUGGCAGAACCACCCUGAGCUGCAUGACAUCCCCAUCUACUACGCCUCCUCUCUGGCCAAGAAGUGCAUGGCGGUGUACCAGACCUACGUCAACGCCAUGAACGACAAAAUCCGCAAGGCCAUCAACAUCAACAACCCUUUCGUCUUCAAGCACAUCAGCAACCUGAAGAGCAUGGACCACUUCGAUGACAUCGGCCCCAGCGUGGUGAUGGCGUCCCCGGGUAUGAUGCAGAGCGGUUUGUCCCGUGAGCUGUUUGAGAGCUGGUGCACAGACAAGAGGAACGGCGUGAUCAUCGCUGGGUACUGUGUGGAGGGCACACUCGCCAAGCACAUCAUGUCGGAGCCGGAGGAGAUCACCACCAUGUCUGGGCAGAAGCUUCAGCUGAAGAUGUCAGUGGACUACAUCUCCUUCUCCGCCCACACCGACUACCAGCAGACCAGCGAGUUCAUCCGAGCACUCAAGCCCCCUCAUGUGAUCCUGGUGCACGGCGAGCAGAACGAGAUGGCCCGGCUGAAGGCGGCGCUGAUCCGCGAGUAUGAGGACAACGACGAUGUCCACAUCGAGGUGCACAACCCACGCAACACUGAGGCCGUCACCCUCAACUUCCGAGGAGAGAAGCUGGCCAAAGUGAUGGGCUCGCUGGCUGACAGGAAGUGUGCUCAGGGCCAGAGAGUGUCUGGGAUCCUGGUGAAGCGGAACUUCAGCUACCACAUCCUGACCUCCUCUGACCUGUCGAACUACACUGACCUGGCCGUGAGCACAGUGAAGCAGACUCAGGCCAUACCCUUCACUGGCCCCUUCCCGCUGCUGGUCAGCCAGCUGCGUAACCUGGCAGGGGACGUGGAGGAGCUGGACAGUACAGACAAGACCACCCUGAAAAUCUUCAAAAACAUCACCCUGGUGCAGGAGGCUGGAAUGGUGGUGCUGGAGUGGAUUGCCAACCCUCUGAAUGACAUGUAUGCUGAUGCUGUCACCACUGUGGUUCUGGAGGUCCAGUCCAACCCAAAAGCCCAGAAAGUCAUGGACUCCAAUAAAGAGAAGAUUGACAUGAAUGUUUACCAGAAGAGACUGGAACUUAUGCUGCAGGACAUGUUCGGCGAAGACUGUGUGGACUUCAAAGACGAGAAGAACCUGUCCGUGACGGUAGAUGGGAAGACGGCCUACAUCUGCCUGGAGACUCGGACGGUGGACUAUGAGGAGGGCAGUGCAGAUGACGAGUCCCUGAAGGAGAUGGUGGAGCUGGCCGUCCAGCGGCUCUAUGAUGCCCUGAACCCUGUGCUCUGAGCCGACCCAGGGCCCGGCCGCUAGGAGCCGCCCCUGCCUGGAACACGAGCAGUGCAGGCUAACCAGAGCUGCACAGGCUAACCAGCGUGAUCCAGACAGCAGGUACCAUGCUGAAAGCCAGUGCACUCGGGUGUGUACAUUGUUUUCUGAUGCUGAAACUCAGCACAAAAGCUAAU